AUGGGUGGAUACUGGGGGAGUGGCCCUCCAUCUGUGAGCCCCGGUUCCACACAUGGUGGAGCGUCGUUCGGUUGGGCGCCAGCCGCAGGGUCGCGUGGAUCUCCACGGCGGUGCGGCGGAAGACGGCGGAGGAGGCGAGGAGGGGGAUGUCGAGGGGGCGGGAGGUGA